GUUGGCUCUAAUCUCCGAAUUCAUCCACUGAAUCAAACAUGCUUUCAAUUCGAAUCGAUAGAAGGCUGUCCAGCGGACCGAUGAGAUGGAUCGCGUCCUCCAUAUCUACGGUUCUUUCCUCGGCAAACAGCUCGCUACGGACCCGGAUUUCAUGAAGCGGUGGGAAGAGAUAAAGAUGCGAUACGCGGGCGGGAACAGCUGGCGCAGGCACGUUGCGAACUAUUUGAGGACCGGGUUGGCAUAGUUCGUCCCUACUACCAGUAGAUGCUCUAUCCGGUGGCCGGCUUCAUCGCCAUUGCUCUUAGCAAAACGCUCACCGCCCCUCUCUUCCGCCUCACCAUUCUUUCCCAGGUUGGAGGGAUGCAUUACAGCAGCACGGCGUUGAUGCAAGGCAGCAUCAUGUGGGAGGCCGUUCGAGUGGUUGCGGACGAAGGGUUCAAAGCCCUAUGGAAGGGCAACACGAUCUCUGUCAUUCGUGGAGUGCAUUUUGCGAUUGUCAGUAUGGGUAACUAUGCGUUUCUCAGGAAUGUAAGAAAGGGUUUCCAUUCUUUGUUGCUUGGUUUGAUUUGCUUGGAUUGGGUUGGCGGGAAUCGAAGCUACCAUGUUAUCGUAUUCUCUGGAUGUGGUGAGGACCAGGCUUGCAGCUCAGAGGAACUCGAUGUAUGUGGCCUAAAGGGCACUUGGCAUGCAUUCCGUGAUCUACAUUGUGGCUCAGAACUUCACUCUCCAUUCUUACGUAAAGGAUUUGGACUGGCAUUGCUGGGAACUGUUCCAUAUAUGGCCAUAAGCUUCUUCGUCUAUGAAUCCUUCAAGUCCUUUCUUAAAGCUCGAAGGCCUGAUGAUGGUUCUCCAAUCAUGGACGGUCUCGCUUGUGGCAGCAUUGCUGGUCUUGCAGCUUCAACAGCAACGUAUCCUCUUGCUUUGGUGCGACGAAGAAUGCAGUUGGAUGGAAUCUGUGGUCGAGUGCCUAUUUACACAGGUGGACUGCUCGAGACAUUCAGGACUAUCAUCCGGAAGGAGGGAUUCCGAGGUUUGUACAGAGGGAUUGGUCCACAGUGCUUGAGAGUGGUGCCGGGGCAUGCAGUUGCGUUUAUGAGCUUCGAGAUGAUGAAGAUGUCCAUCAGCGCCUACCAGGACUUCAAGCGCAAGGCUAAAUCCAGUAAAUGAACAUUGCAGUCAGAAGGGGGUUCACCUAACUGUUCGCAUUGAUAUGUGUAUAUGCGCAGUUUAACGUACUAAUGCUGAUGUUAACCAAUGCUACUAGAUUGUAGUUAGCUAGGAUGGAUUGUAGAAGUUGAAUAUUGGUGUAGGAUCCAUGUGAUAGACUAAGGAGAAAAUCUUUUGGCUGGCUCGUUAAUUAUAGCCAAGCAUUGCAGUGAAUUUUGGCGGUGAUGGAUUCAGAAAUAGUAUUUCUGGGAAUUUUGGAAGGAGCUGCUCUAAUCUUUAACGAUACUGAACUCUCCAAUCAACUUGGUUUCAACUU